CACCUGGAGCUGAACGGCUGGCUGCUCGUAUGUCAUAUCAAAAUCCAGCCUUGCGUGCUGGGCCCUGCAGUGUUCAUCUGCUCUCUGAAACGGGAUGGAGCAGCUGAUAGUCGGCUGUAGCUGAGAGACGUCCGGCUGUGGGGAGCAAUGACAGAGGUGACCAGAGAGGUGUUUGGACACUUGCCUCAGAAGGGAGGAAGAGGAGGGGCUGUUGAAAAGUUCCUGCUGAAAUCAGACAGUGUUAAAGUGGAGAUUAUCUCCUUAGGCUGUAUAAUCACUGCACUGGAAACCAAAGGCAGGGAUGGGAACCUCUCCGACAUUGUCCUGGGCUUUGAUCGCUUGGAAGGUUAUGUCAACAAACACCCCUAUUUUGGAGCCACUAUUGGGCGAGUUGCUAACAGAAUUGCUAACGGGAAAUUCACAGUGGAAGGAAAAGAGUAUCAGUUGGCCCUCAACAACCCACCCAACAGCCUGCAUGGAGGGAACAAAGGGUUUGACAAGGUUCUCUGGACCCCGGAGGUGCUGCUAAAUGGCAUACGCUUCUCCAGAAUGAGCCCAGAUGGCGAGGAAGGGUAUCCUGGGGAACUAAAAGCCUGGGUGACCUACACGCUCGAUGGUGGGGAACUAGUGAUAAACUACCGAGCUCAAAGCAGCAACACUACCCCUGUUAGCCUGACAAACCAUGCCUACUUCAAUCUAGCAGGCCAGGGAUCACAUGAUAUCUACGACCAUGAGGUCUCCAUAGAAGCAGACUCUUACUUGCCUGUGGAUGACACCCUGAUCCCUACUGGAGAGGUGGCUGCGGUGCAGGACACCGCUUUUGAUCUGAGGAAGCCGGUGGAGCUUGGAAGACACAUGCAGCAGUUUCAGCUCCCUGGCUUUGACCAUAACUUCUGUUUGGAACGGUCGGAGGCUCGACGCUACUGUGCAAGAGCUCACCAUCCCCCUAGUGGCAGGACGAUGGAAGUUUAUACCUCUCAGCCUGGGAUCCAGUUCUACACUGGAAAUUUCCUGGACGGCUCGCUGGAGGGCAAAGGGGGCUCUGUGUAUCCCAAGCAUUCAGCCUUCUGCCUUGAAACACAGAACUGGCCAGAUGCGGUUAAUAAGCCCCAUUUCCCCAGUGCGCUGCUGCGGCCAGGAGAGGAGUAUAACCACACAACUUGGCUCAAGUUUACUGCAGCUUGAGGAGUCACCUCUGCAGCCACAAGGAGAAAUUCAUCACAAAGUGCUCUGAGUAUUGGGGAGGGGAGCAGGGGAAAUCACUGAAAACAGCAGCAGGAGCUUUCAAACUUCUCCAGCACAGGCAGAGGUGACAGGUGCGGGGACGUCUCCUAAGGACGGGGUUUGUAAAAGCUCUCAACUCUGGCUUGACGGCUCCCAUUGGAAUCACUGGUAAAUCUCCCCUUGAUGUCAACAGAGGAAGAGUUAGGCCAGUGCUGAGGCCCUGAUCCCCAAAGGGACGUGCACACCUAACUGCCAUUGAUUUCAAUAGGAGUUAGGACCCUAAAUACCUUUGAAACCUGCCCCUUAGUCCAUACAAAACUUGUCUUCCUCAUCUAUCAAUUGGACCGUGUCAAGGCCUCUUUUAAACUCCUCUCCCCUUUUUCCUUCCCCAUGGAAUCAAGUUUAAACCUUUUGUCCUGUCUUCCUUCCCGGCCAUGCACUCUUCACUCAUGGGACAAGCUUAUCUUUGAGUGAGUCAUUCCCACUUGCCCUGUCAAUUCUGUCAUGUUUGUCUCUUCCCACUCCCCCAUCAGUGCUGCUUUCUGCACCAUCCCUUUUGCCAUUCAAGUGCUAACUAAAACCUCACUUCUGUAAACCAAAAAUAAAUCUACCCACUAUUCCUUCUUUCUCUGUAUCUGUAUUUUAGGCCUGGUCUACACCAGAAACUGUUACCUGUGUAUCGGUUAGGGGUGUGAUGUUUUACCAGUAGUUAUACCAGGAAAGGCACUAGUGUGGAUGCAGGUAAACCGACAUAACACAGAUGUACUUAUUUCCCUCUCAUCUAGGUAUAAAACAGUCCAACUUACUAGUGUAGAGAAGCCCCCAGAGAAAGAACUGCCUUUGUAAGGGUAGCUCAUACUCAUACAAGUAGGGACUGAAGCCAGGGGGUCUAUGGCCUACAUCCUCAAAAGCAUUCAGCCACUUAACUCCCGUGGGCCUAUGUGCAGGACUAAGGCCAGGUCUCCACAACAAGCUUUAGCCAGUGUAGCUAUGUUGGGCGGGGUAUCUGUUCCCUAUACUGGUACUUACAGACUGAUCAAAUUACUCCAUCUUCUCUUCCGUAAACUAAACAGAUUGAGCAUCUUGAGUCUUUGACUAUAAGGCAUGUUUUUUAAUCAUUCUCACCGCUCUUCUCUGCACGCGCUCCAAUUUUUCAAUAUUCUUGAAUUGUGGAGACAGACCUGGACAGACUCUUCCUGUAAUAGUUACAUCAGUGCCAAACACAGUGAUAAUAUAACCUCUCUAAAUCUAUAGUCCCAUUUAUACACUCAAGGAUCACAUUAGCCCUUUGGCAACAGCAUCAUGCUGGAACCUCAUGUUCAGCUGAUUAUCCACUGUAACCCCAAAUCUUUGCUUCCUAGGAGAAUCCCCCAUCUUGUGAGCAUGGCCUUGGUUCUUUGUUCCUAGAUGUAUGACUUUAGAUUUGGCUAUGCUGAAAUGCAUAGUUUGCUUGUGCCCCGUUAACCAAGCAAUCCAGAACGCACUCUAUCAAUGUCCUCUUCAUUAUUACCACAGUGCUCCCAUCUUUGUGUCAUCUGUAAAACGAUCAGUAAUGAUGAUGAUUCCCACUCAGCCCCUACUUCUUACUAUAAUUGUUGCCUGGUUCUCUCCCACUGAACAUUCUCCUCCCAGCUCUAAGCCUGCAGGUUUUCAUGGGCAGUUAGUUUCCUCUUGAACUUGGUCUACAUGCACAAGUUACACUACCAAAAAAAAAAAAAGUGUUAAACUCGUGCAGCAAAACUCUGUGCUGACUUGUUUCAAUUUAAGGGUUUGUCAUUCCAGUUUAGUUCAGACCUGUUCCCAACCAAUUAACCCCAAACCAGAAUCAAGGAGCAUCCACAUAGGAGUUUGCACAGGUCUGACUAGAUUUAAAUUCACACAUCUUAAACCCAUGCAACUUUUCAUGUACACAAGCCCUUAAACAGCUGUGGUUGUUAACAGCAAUAACUAGACUGGCAUCAUUUCCAGCUGCUCACACCACCAGAUGCUCUUAAGGUUUUCCACUACUUGCCAGUUUUUGUUUGCGGAAGAGAUGCACUGUUGAUAAUAGCCCACUUUAAUCGAAUUGUCUCGACCCUCCACUUGGUAAGGCAACUCCCAUCUUUUCGUGUACUGUUAUAUAUAUACAUACACAUCUUCCUUCUGUAUUUUCCAUCCAUGCAUCUGAUGACUUGGGUUUUAGCCCACGAAAGCUUAUGCCCAAAUAAAUUUGUUAGUUUCUAAGGUUACACAAGUAGUCCUUGUUCUUUUUACUGUAUUACAACACAUCACUGGCCACAGCUCCUUUACAGUCUGCGCUGCCCACUGUUUGGGCACUAUGCCCCCUACCACAGAAGGAGGGACCCUUCCCUUUGAAACAGUUCUGCCCGCAUAUACCCUGAUUCCUUACGUACUCCCAUGACAGACCGUUAGCUGUGCACCAAACUGUUAAAUCCUAAGGAAAUGCAGUCCCAGCUGCUCCGUUUUCUGUGCUGCUCUGGAGGAGUGGAGAGACAGAAGAGAUGGACCAAUACAGUAAUUUUAGAGUCUGCGUGUUUAUUGUGGAGUAGGUUUGUCUUAACAGUACAGAAGAGAAAGCGCUCAUUAAAUGCAAUAGCAUCAUUCCAUGUGGCACUUUUACUAGUUAUACUGUAAAACUGCCAGACAACGGACAGUCUAUACUGAUGAAUGUCAUCCUAAGCAAUGGCUUCUGGGUAUAUUUGCUAAAUUAUUCUAGGAGAAUGUUGUCAUUUCCUGCUCCUCAUUUUGCAGUCUGGUUUUAUGGAUAUUAGCAGAAUAUUAAUCACAGCAUAAUUAGGAUUGGGAGUGAUACUUCUGUUGCUAAGCAACAAUGCACUGAAUGUAUGGAAAUUAGACACCAGAAAAA